AUGUGGUGGUGGGAACAGGCCAUCGAGCUGAAGGAGCGGAUCAAUUGGUUUGAAGAGUUCGCAGAGGCAGACGCAGCGGUGGCUUCCAAGGGCGAAGGGGAGGAGUUUGACAUCGACCUGGACGCCCCAGAGACAGAGAAGGCUGCCGUCGCCAUACAGUCCCAGUUCAGAAAAUUCCAGAAGAAGAAGCAGCAGGAUCCGUCCUAGGCAUCCGAGGGGAAGCCGGGCAGCCAACGCAACGCGCAAUUGGCCGACGACCCAACGUAGCGCUCCACGGACGGUGCAUGUUCCUCGAACCCUUCCUGUAUCAAACAAAGUGAACGCGUGGCGUGUAUUUGAGCGAUUAAACCCCCUCCCUCCCUCCCUCU